GUUACGAUCAUAGAAUGAGAAUACGACCAUUCCUGAACAAACCAGUUUGAGGACGCCCUGUCAGUAAGUGGGUUCCCGCGGUCCGAGGGACGCUCUCGAGGAUGUUCUUUUCCUUGAUGCUGCUUCGGCGGCUUCGGAGCUCUGACGAUCGCAGGCGCCCGCUGGUUGGUAGAGGAGCUGUCGGCGCGUGCGUGAACCUGCUUGAUGCUUUUGUGAUACUAACAUGCUUGUACCGCAGCUUGUGCUCGAGGCAUUGCCUCUGGAAUGUCUCGUAUGAUGUCCAAGGACAGCAAAUGCAGCUAAAUAUUGGACUCAUUGACCUGGACCGUAUCUGCUACCGCAGCUCAUGCCCGAGGCAAGCCCUCAGACAUCCGUCGCACGAAACAAAUAUGCCAAAGGACGAGAUAUGCAGCUAACCUUUGCUAUCACAAAGGCAGGUCGUGAGAACCUUCCACCGUACUCCAUAAAGCAGAAAAUUCAAACCACAACAUCACGA